GUUUGCAUUUUUUUGAGUUUUUAUUGCCAAACCCCGCCUUUUUUGUGUCUAUUUAAGAAGCAGAUCAGCCCCACAAAUAUGCUCACUUCUCAUCCAUUAACUGCUUCCAACAACUCCUGUGUGGCUGAUCAACUGCUUCUGGCCCUAGCUGGCCUUACUUGUUUGUGUUCAAUUAUCCUUGCCCUAGCUGGCACUCUGCUUCAAUUGUUUAUUUUUUUUGGUGUGUUUGAAAAUAAAUUUAUUUGUUGGUGGACUUGUGUGUUUUUUGGUGUAUUUUAA